UAUAACCCCGCUCACAACAAUAUUCAUUCAUCCGGCCCCUGGCCUUGACGCCGCGAUGAAACCGCCCAGGCCUGCACCCAAACAUGGCGUCAGCCUUCCCGCGGGAGCCCAUUUACCACAUCCCAUAACCAUUCCCUCUGACUGGACGCCGUCAAAGUAACUAACGCGAGGCUGGCGGGUCACGAAGGGCGACAGUAUACAGGAAUAGAUUAAUGGCUUCGGCAUUGAUGUUGGCUUUCCGAGUUGCAGGAGGAACGGCACUUGGUCCGAGCCUAAUCGGGAAGAAGCACACGGCUUCUACGGGGGCUGGUAGCCGUAUUCGGGUGGAUAUGCUUUGUUCCGUUGAUGCAUAUGCAUGGACAUGUGUUGUGUCGAUGUCUUCUGCUUUUUCCCUCUUCUUGUUGGUAGUGAUUUGGCUCGGUGACGCUCCGGGUAGACGGACGGUGAUUCCGAAUUGGAGGGUAGGUGUAUAUGCAUUUAUGCUUGGAUUUGGGGUGAGUAUGGUGUCAUUGCGCAUUUAUUGGCCUUCUCGAUGUAGGUGGUUCGGACUCCAUGGUUCCAUUCGGAUGUUCUGCAACUGAAGCGUUAUCUGGCUCGGAUGCUCUGCGGAGAGAGGAGCGUGGUUAAUGGCAUGUCUGCCCUCCUGGGAAGCGAGCAGCUCUGAGGAUUGUAUGUUCACGAGCUUUUUUGCUUCGAGAUGAAGGUCUUGACAAAUCGAAGGAAU